GGGGCAGUGCUGCUCCGUAACAAACUCCAAAACGGAAACUACGAAGAAGCGGCUCCAUAGACGAUCUUUGGCGUGAUGAGUCACCCUGACUCCUAAGCUCAGACCUGCCGCAACAUAAGAAAAUCCGGCGACUGAUCGCGGCGCCGACCAGCAUGUUUGAGACAGCGGAAGGUUAAACCGGAGUUUUCUGGUUGUUGUGGAUCCCGUGAGGCCCCGCCCCCUGUGCCGCUGCGUCUCCGGGUGAAAUGAUGAGCGUCGGCUGUCGGGAUCGGUCCGGAUCUCGCUGCGUGUUCGGUCGGAGCUGACACCUCCUGGUACUUCCUGCUGAAGAGGCUGACGGGAUUCAGCAGGAACUCCGCCCACCAGCGCCCGGAUGUUGGGCUGCGCCAUGCCCGCCAACCAGUCCCUGCCCUGGGGAGGGGCAAAGCUCAGAGCUCGCUCCAGCUCAGAGGGCCACCCCGUCGCCGCGGUGUCGGAAGUGCCUUUCCGGAUUGAGGACAAGCGGCUGAAGAAUGAGAAGUUCCCUCCUGAGUCGGACCAGAAUCUGAGCCUGCCUCGGCGGCUCGAGGGCUUUCAGAACCGGGUAGCGUCGGAGAUGCAGGAGACCAGCUCCUCCUCCAUCUUCACACCAAACGAUGAGCCUAGAAACCAGUCAGCACACAGGAGACUUCAGAGGGCUGAGAGCGGGACGGGAUGGACCGCCGAGGAGCCCAGACACCUGACCGAGGCUGCAGACUGUUUGUCUUCACCUCCAGUGCCUCAUUCAUGCCUUAGUCCUCACAACCAUCAGGGUUCUGCGGCCCCGAAAAGGGCUUUCAGCCAUGACGGCGCGAAACCGGAAACCAGAAGCACAAGACGACUAAACGGUGCAGCACGGAGUAGCCGGCGGGUCAAGACCGCCGUCAGACGGCGCCCCGCUCAGAGCGACCGCAGAAGAAGGUCUGCUAACAGCCUCCUGUCGAUGAGAGAAGUUCGUCUGGUGGUCAUGGAAGCGGCGGCGAGCGCAGAGACCCACACAGAAUCGGAGAGACGAGGUUCGGUGGAAGACGCAGGACAGCGGCAUCCCGACCAACCAGACGACAUCGCAGAUUUGGGUCAAACCGAAGCUUUGGUCGGCUCAGUGACCUCUCAGAUCUCAGCCAUCCACCUGACCAGACAGGAGCAGGCCUCCUGCAGGUCUCCCCCAUCUCUGUCCUCUUUGUCCUCCUCCUCGCCGUCAGUGGAGCAGCUGGGUGGAGAAGAUGAGCUGUCAGACCACCAGUGGGUCAUGCAGGUGGACGGAGUGGAGGAGGAGCUUCCCGAUGAGCUGGAGAACAUCUGCAGUGACGGAGAGGACUCGGACUCUUCAUCUGCCUUCCGCUCCUCCUCUGCGGCGCCGCGUCCUCCGCUGUCCCGCAUCGAGGAGCCGAUGGUUCUGGGAACAGAGGAGGAGCGGGAGGAGCGUCCAGCACUGGUCCCCAGCCUGUUCCCGUUCAUCCCUCCAACCCUGUACUUCAGCACGGCCAAUGAGAAAGUGGAGCUGCUGCCUGCAGAGCAGAGGCGGCUGCUGAAGUGGAAAAUGAGCACCGUCACCCCCAACGUGGUGAAGCACACCAUCGACCGAUCCCACUUCAAAGUCACUAAGAAAGGCCACGACUGGCUGGGCUGCUGGGGACACCACAUGAAGUCGGCUGGCUUCAAGGAGCUGGGAGAGCACCAGAAGUUGAACCACUUCCCGGGAACGUUUCAGAUUGGCCGGAAGGACCGGCUGUGGAGGAACCUGUCAAAGAUGCGGCUUCGCUUCGGCAAACAGGAGUUCAGCUUUUUCCCACGAACUUUCAUUCUUCCCCAAGACGUAAAGCAGCUGCGGAAAGCCUGGGAGGACGGAGGCUCCAGGCAGAAGUGGAUCAUCAAGCCUCCUGCAUCAGCCAGAGGGACAGGCAUCCAGGUUAUCCACAAGUGGAGUCAGAUGCCUCAUAAAAGGCCUCUUCUGGUCCAGAAGUACCUUCACAAGCCCUACCUCAUCAGCGGGAACAAGUUUGACCUGAGGAUCUACGUCUACGUGCCGUGCUACGACCCGCUGAGGAUCUACAUCUUCUCUGACGGGCUGGUCCGGUUUGCCAGCUGCAAGUAUUCGUCUUCCAUGAAGACUCUGGGCAACAAGUUCAUGCACCUGACCAACUACAGCGUCAACAAGAAGAACGCCGAGUACCAGACCAACAGCGACGACAAGGCCUGCCAGGGACACAAAUGGGCUCUGAAGGCCUUAUGGCAGUUCCUCGGCUCCAGAGGCGUCAACACCUCCCGGAUAUGGGAGAAGAUCAAAGACAUCGUCAUCAAAACCGUCAUCGCCUCCGAGCCGUACGUUCACAGCAAUAUGAAAAUGCACGUCAAAUCGCCGUACAGCUGCCACGAGCUCUUCGGCUUCGACAUCAUGCUGGAUGAGAACCUGAAACCCUGGAUCCUGGAGGUCAACAUAUCUCCCAGCCUUCACUCCAGCUCCGCUCUGGACGUGUCCAUCAAAGGACAGAUGAUCAGAGAUCUCCUGAAUCUCGCCGGCUUUCGUCUUCCUCGGAGAGAAGAGGAACUGUCGCCCUGCAGCAGCGCCUCUAGCUCCACCAGCAGUUUGAGCGGAGACGGGAGCAAGCCCGCCGUGUCUGCAGACGAGAGGGUCAAACGAAGCUUUUACGUCUCGCAGCGUUUCGCCGAGCAGGACCUCCUGGCGUCUGUGCUAGACGUUCUGACUCCGGAGGACGUUCGCGUGCUCGCCGAGAGCGAAGACGAGCUGAGCCGCCGGGGGGACUUCGAGCGCAUUUUCCCGUCGCCCUCGUCGGCGCGGUAUCUCCGCUUCUUCGAGACGCAGAGAUACUUCAACAUCCUGCUGGACCAGUGGGAGCAGAAAUACUGGAACGACUGGACAAAACGUGUCGAUCUGCUGAAGGCUCUCUGUCAGAAAAGAGUUCAUCUGGGAACCAGUGACCCCGCACAUAUGUGGUCAAAGUGCAGCUACACCUCCAGGUUUCAGCCUCAGGGACGAGAGGAGACGAGCCCGCUCAGACCCAGCGUGGUGGUCUCCUCCCAGCACUGCUCCAUCGAUGAAGACUGUUUGGACUGUUCCAGCCCUGAGCUCAGCCCGACCCAGAGCCUCCUGCUGCAGCGGCUGGCCUCGCUCUGACCCGGUAACCCCGAACAAACAGCCUUACACGUUUGACGUGAAGUCUGAGUUUACGCCCUCAAACGAAGCCUGCGGAAGCUUCUGCUGGUCUGAAGGUCGCCGGAAGCCGUGCGGUGUUGGUUUUUGUGUGGAGCUUCUCGUUGGUCUGAACUGAUCUUCCUGCUGUUUACACGGACGUUUCAGAGGAAACCGCCGCCGCCGCCGUUCCACAGAAUGUGCCAAUUCUCAUCCUGCGAUCUCCACAACACUGUGAUUCCUUCGCGUCUUCAGAUCUCGCCAAAUUUCUACGACAUCCAAGAGUUUUCAAAAGGGCUUCACUUCCUAUUGUUCAGUUCAACUCGACCCUUCAGCCAGACGGACGUUCUCGUCUCGGUUCCGUUAGUUUCAGCAGCAAACAUCUCGUGUUUCCAAAACAAUGCAGUUCUUCAGUUCAAAACGUGCCUCACUUCUGCCUCUGGAGUUUGACUAAUGAACACUUCAGGAUGUUUUCACUGCUUUUGUAGUUUUUCAGAUUGAUAGUUUCUAAAUAAAAGCAAUUUGCUGCACAA